AAUACUGGAAAUUUUAAAGAGCUUUGUACAUUAUUUGCAAUGAACGAUAAAGAGUUUUCAGACUUUUUUAACAGAAAAAUUAACUAUACAAGUUGGAUUAUUCAAAAUAGUAUACUUGAAGUUUGUUCAAAUAUGACAAUAAUUACUAUCAUUAGUGAAAUAAAAUACUGUGGAAUGUACUCUAUUAUGUGUGAUGAAGCAAGAUCUUAUAAAACAGAACAAUUAUCAAUAUGUGUUAGAUACAUUAUUCCUAAUAGCUAUAAUGUAUGUGAACGAUUUAUUGGAUUUUAUGAUGUAUCAAAUGGGAGAGGAGCCGAACAUAUUUCUAUUGAAAUUCUCUCUGUUCUAAAAAAAUUUGGCAUUUCUGAUAUUCCUCUUGUGGCACAAACAUAUGAUGGUGCAAACGUUAUGUCAGGAUCCACAUCUGGUGUUCAAACUAGAAUAAGAGACUCUCACCCUGAAGCAAUUUUCAUUCAUUGUAUGGCCCAUAAAUUGAAUUUGGUUGUAACAAAUACUUGUAGAACUAUUAAGGAAUCUAAUACCUUUUUUAAUACUCUAGAAGCAGUUUAUGUGCAUUUUUCACAGCCUGGCAAAGAUAAGCUAUUACAAGAUUUACAGAAAUCCAUGCAAAUAAAAUCAUUAUCGAUUUCUAGAUUAUGUGAAACGCGGUGGUCUUGUCGUCUUAAAAAUUGUAAAGCAGUACAUAAUAGUUUUGGUGUAAUAGUAAAUAUUUUACAAAAUGAAAUAAAUGAAGAUACAAACAAAGAAGUGGCUCAAGCAAUUGGUCUUCUGCACAUGUUAAAAAAAAUGUCAUUCGUAUUAUAUUUGUUCAUUUUUGAAGAAAUCUUAGGAAUAAUAGAUAUAUUGAGUAAAAAAUUGCAAAAAAAAGAAGGAACAAUUGGAAAUGCUGUUAUUGAAAUUAAUGCUGUGAUAAAAACAAUUCAAAAUAUGAGAAAUGAAAAAUCAUUUGAUGUCUUAUGGAAUAAUGUGAUCCAGUUUUUAUUGAAACAUGAUAUUGAUGAUUCACAUAAUACACCUGGACCUGGUGUAAUUAUGUCAUCAAAAAGAAAACGAAACGAAUCUAUUAAACUUAAAAGUUUUCAUGUGUCUGUUACAACUGGUGCUGGAGGAAAUGACAUCUGUAAUCAAGGUGUUGACAUGAAUAGAACAGAAAACUAUAAACAAUAUUGGUGUUAUCAUGCAUAUUAUGCUGUAUUGGAUGCAAUUAUAGGCCACUUUGAGUUAAGGUUUUCAAAAGAGAGUUUGGAACUUGCAAAUUCAAUAGAUAAUUUCAUUAAAUUAAAUAUGACUAAAAGCAUGAUGUUUAUUGAUCAUUACCAAGCAUUGUUUUCUAUUGAUAAAGAAGCAUUACGUUCUGAAAUGACUGUAGCACACAACUGUGCCAUACAGUUAAAACCAAAUUUUGGUUUAGAAGAAUUAAAAACCAUUAUUUCAAAAGAAGUCUAUCCUAAUAUUCAUUCCUUACUUAAAGUAGCCCUGAUACUACCUAUCAGUUCUGCAUCGUGUGAACGAUCUUUUUCAGCCAUGCGUCGUAUCAAAAACUGGACUAGAACAUCUAUGACACAAGAUCGUUUUGGUUAUCUUUCUGUAUUGCACAUCGAGAGAGAUAUUGUUAAUAAUCUAGACCUCAAUAUUAUACUAGACGAAUACUCAAAGAAAGACCGUCGUAUAGAUUUAAUAGUAUAG